UGACGUUCCGCCGUGCGUGUGUUCGUUGAGGUUUUUUUUUUUUUUAUUUGUGGUAGCGAAUUUUGGAACUAACUCUUUGUGUCACUGUCGAAGAAAUUACUGAAAUGGGAGCGGCACAUUCAACUGAACCACGCUCUGUGUCGAUGGACAACCCGAACCCUGGAGUUAUCGACAUAUCCGACGAGGUUGUGCAACGUUUAAAGAAAGGCAUAAACAAACAAGCGAAAGAAAGUGCUGCGGCAGAAGCGGCACCAGCCCCUCCAGUCAAAGAUGUUCGCCCAAUUCCCGUUAAGCCGGCAACACCACCAGCUGUAGCACCACCAACCGUUGUUUACCAAGCACCUGCAACUCAGACAGUUUACGUUGCUCCAAGCGGCACAACGAUCACAGCAGCUGAUAUGGUCCGUCAAAAAGAGGCCGAACUUACGCAAAAUGAUGCGAUGUGGCGUCAGCGUUUGGUUGCGCUUGAAGAGACACUCAAGAAAACAAAUACAAUCAUGGAAAAAGAAUACUCCUCAGCACUUGAGGAUGUUCGUCAGCGCUUUGCUACAGCUUCGCCUGUACACCAAUUACCACCGUGUCAGGACCUCAAGGCACAAGUCAUUGCUUGUUAUCGCGCAAAUCCUGGUCAAACCUUGAAGUGUUCCGAAGAAGUUGCAGCUUUCAGAGAAUGCAUUAACUUAAACCGUAUCAAGAAACUUGAUGCUGAAGAUGCAAAACCAAUAGCCAAAGCAGCUUAAAUGUGCGCCGCCUUAUACUUGAUUUAGUGGUUAAUCGAAAAAUGUGCUGUAACGAAAUCACUGUGCUAGCCGGUUUUUUGAAAUUUAAUUUUCAGUGAAAUAAGUUUAAAGGUAUAAAGUAAAUGAGAGUUUAACUUCUGCUGAACAUAAUGUAUCGCUUAUGAAGUCCGAGAGUAAAUUAUAAUUUGAAGACAUAAA